GUGCCACUGGACUUGUGGCGCAGGAAACGUUUCUAGAUCGAAGCGCGAGCGCUUUUUUGUGUGUGCAAUCAAGGAGGUUUAACCUCCUUGGUGCAAUCGUCUUAAACCACCAUGGGAGAUUCCCGUGUCAUCCGUGCGACCAAACCUCUCCCCAUUGCCAUUGCGCUCAUCUUCUGUGUUUCUACAGUGGUUUUAGCAGAAAUGAUCGAACUUUAUGACUGCACCGACGGCAAAUAUCUAAAUCAACAUGACGAUGACACCAUAAAUGGUAUCAGCAUCGAGGAGUGCGCUGAGAGGUGCAUGCAUGGAACACCUGGUGUACCGGAAUGGGAGUGCUCGUCGUUUGACUACAUGAAGUCAGACCAAAUAUGUCUGCUCAGUACAACCAAAAGUGGCUCCCUUACUUCUGACUCCAACUACUGGUAUUGUGAGUUGAAAGAUCUUCUCCAUUUUUUCGACGUGCAACCAGACCACGCCUUAGGCGGACUGGAUGACUAUAUCGUCCUCCUACCGGAGGCGACCCCCCUCAAAUGCGCGUGGCGAUGUCUGCGGGACCAAGCCACCCUACCCGGUGCCGUCUGUUACUCCUUUGAGAUCGGAACUGAGCAGCGGCCCGAUAAGUGUCUGCUAAGUAGUUACAGCGUGGACACAUCGGGCAUUUCUCUGGACUUCAACCCAAGAUUCGACUACUAUCAACGUAGCGAACUAUGCAUACCCAGUCCCUGUGUUAAGGGAUACUGCGUGGGAAAGAACAAGGUUUUCACCUGCAUGUGUGACGCCGGCUGGGGAGGAGACAUCUGCAACGAAGUAUGUGCUGAAGGGACCUUUGGGCAGGGCUGCCAUGAGAUCUGCCACUGUGCGCUUGGCGGCUCUGUGUGUGACACAGCCUCCGGGAUCUGCAGCAGUGGUGGGUGUAUUGAAGGAUGGUCAGGACCCAACUGUCAGGCAGAUGUCAAUGAGUGCCUUGACAACGCUGGUCGUGGACCGUGUGCUCAGAUCUGUACUAAUACUGAUGGAAGCUACACCUGUUCGUGUCGGGCUGGGUACAGUCUGAAUGACGACGGGCAUUCCUGUGAUGAUGUCUGCAUCCCCAACCCCUGUAUUCACGGCCACUGUGUGAGGCAUAUCAAUACUUUCACCUGUAUGUGUGAUGCCGGAUGGGGAGAAGACAUUUGUGACACAGCCUGUAGUUCUGGUACCUUUGGGUCUGGCUGCUCCUCCACCUGUCACUGUGCAGCCGGAGAUUCAGUUUGUGCCACAGACACCGGAGCCUGUAGCACUGGAGGAUGCAGCGAUGGAUGGCAAGGACUCAGCUGCCAGACAGACAUUGAUGAGUGCCUCAGCAAUGAUGGCCGUGGACCUUGUGCUCAAGUCUGCACCAACACCCCGGGACAUUACGUCUGCUCUUGCUCCGAUGGUUACAAAGUUGGCGCUGAUGGGCACACCUGUGAAGCUUGCGGGCUUGGUACAUUUGGACCUGAGUGCUCUGGAAUGUGUCACUGUGCGUUUGGAAAUAUAGUGUGUGAUUCUCAGGCGGGAGGCUGCAGCAAUGGUGGAUGUGCAUCUGGAUGGAUCGGAUCAAACUGUCAGACAGCAUGCCAGCCUGGCUAUUUUGGACAAGGCUGUACCGGGAUCUGCCACUGUGCAAGUGGAGAUUCUGUGUGUUAUCCACAGUCUGGGGUCUGCAGUAGUGGUGGCUGUGCCCCGGGCUGGGAGGGGAGGAACUGUCAGAAUGAUGUCAACGAAUGCAGCAGGAACACCGACAUCUGCCACACCGAAGGCACAUGCGUCAACACAGAAGGGUCCUACAAGUGUACAUGUAACCCAGGCUACCAGUGGGAUGGGAUAUCAUGUAAACAAGAACAUCAGAGUGCUGGUGGUGGUCUGUCUGCAGGGGGCAUCGUGGGCAUUGUGUUGACAUUGGUAGUGCUGUUCGCUGCAGCUGCAGCUCUCAUCUUCAAGAAGUGUCGGACUGAGUAAUUUGACGACAUGCCUUGCAAGCCUCAGAGUCCACAUCCAGUGUUUACAAAUGUGGAGACUAGUGCUCUGUUGGUGCUGACAUUGUACCUACCAGCUUGACUGUUGAACACAAACCAUUCUAAUGUUAAGUUGUUCUUAUAUAAUCCAAAAAUUUCAAUGAAUAACUUUAGUUGAAUAAGCUUCAUUGUAUAACUAUUACAAGCUCUAAUAUGGUGGUGUGUUAUGCCAAAGUAUGAUUAUAUCAGCUAUACAGAUACUGAUACAGAUAUCACAUACAUGUACGGGCAUUACAUGUAAUUGCACA